AUUGCGCCAAUUUAACUGGAUUCCCAAUGAUGGACUUCAAUACUAAAGCUCCUGAACGUUACCGUAACCGGAAAACUUGGUACUUCUGUCAGAUUGAUUGAGGAUGUUAGUCUGUUAUCAGUUAUCUAUUAUAAGAAAUGAUAUCCAGAGAUAUUAAUACAUAUGAGAUUAUUGGAAAAGCUUAUAGAGAGAAAUAUAAAUAAUUGGAACUCAAUGCGAAGAAUGAAAUUGAAACCAUUUAAAGUAUUGAGUGAAUUAUUCAUUCAAGAUUAUUACAUGAAGAAGCAAUUAUGUUUCAAUGAUGUUCAAAAUUCCCAUGAAGUCAUGUAAUGGCCGUUUGAAUUUGAAGUUCGUAAAGGUCCUUAUGACGAUGUUCAAUUCAUUUGGAAUGAUUUCAAAAGACAAAACUAUACAACUGGCUACAUUGAAGAUGCUCCGAAAUACGCGUUAUUUAAUUACUUAGCAUUAGGAUACGAUGAAACUGAUGGGUAUCCCAGACCUUAUUGCUUGUACAUUAAAAAUGGCCAAUCAAACGUGUUUCAUAGAUUCUGUUACAAACAGAUGCCAGAAGUAUUAAUUAUUUAUUGGUUGAAACAAAUCAAAUAGUUUCUGGACUAAGUUAACGAAACGAAGCAAUCGUUCUUCCUUCGGUCUUUUUACAUUCAAGUUACUCAUAAUGAGGUGAAUGAUCUUCAACUCAUUGAUCACUAAUUGCUGAUUUCAACAAUUCUUAUCAUCAUAUACUUGAAAACACUUUUCAAAUAUCCUGAUAAGGAUUUCCGUUUCCUACAGAAAGAAGUCUUUAUGUGCGCGUUAUUAAAAUUUAAACACCUGAUAAUUCAUUUAUCGUCACAUGAUAUCCCAUUCCAAAGUUAUGUUUUAUUUUCUCAAUUAAUUGAAGUUAAGUAUGAAGCAAUUAAAGUCCAUGAAAUGCAUAAAAUUUGUUUUAUUUUGUUUCUGCUUGUUUUACAUUAUUUGUGGAUUACAGUUUGUUGACAAAUCUAAGACAAAUAAUCAAGAAAAUGUAUACAAAAAUCAUGAUGACUGGUACGAGUCCAACUCUACGAUGUGUGAUCUUCCCUUUCGUAUGGACCCUUAUGAUCCAAUUGUUAAAGGUUUCAUCAAGAAGUUGAACACAACGAUAACGUGUGAAGAACCAGAGAAUGCAAGUUUUAACUCGCUUUACAAUCUUUACAAAGGACAAUCCUUAUCUUAUAUGAAUGAUUUUGAUCCAAUCGUACACAUAAUGCGGAUUCCGGGAAAAGCAUUCAAUUGUAUGUAUGAACCAUUUGAUCGUGAAGGUAUUGAUGAUAACAGAAUUCAAUAUUUGGAAAAAAGACCGAUAAUUGGUUAUAAAUUAGAUUUGGAAAAAAUUGGAGUAGAGUUUGUUAAUAUCGAAUGCAAUCGUUCGGGUUCAUUAGUUUAUAGUAACAUCCAUUCGUGGCCCAGUCGAGUUCCUUCCCAUGCAGAUGCCACAUCUUCCAAUAAUAAAAAUCAUUCGAUGAUUAAUAAUUAUCCAACACCAGAUGUAAAUAAGCAAUCAGUGAUGAUUCUUGUCAUAGAAUCAAUGUCUCUACUCAAUUUCAAUCGAUUUAUGGUUAAAACGAAAGAAGCAUUAUCCAAGUUAUCUAAUAAUUUCAUUCUUCGAGGAUUAAACAAAAUGGCUGAUAAUUCUUUUCCGAACAUGAUGCCCCUUUUAUCAGGAUAUCGACCCUAUCAUGGAAAAUGGCCGUUUGAAUUUAAAGUAGGUAAAGGUCCUUAUGAUACUGUUCAAUUCAUUUGGAAUGAUUUCAAAAGACAAAACUAUACAACUGGCUACAUUGAAGAUGAUCCAAAAUUCGCGUUAUUUAAUUACUUAGCUAAAGGAUUUAAAAAGCCCCCGACUGAUUGGUAUACCAGACCUUAUUGGAUGAAGAUGGAUUAUGAUCGAGGUAACCAGGAGCGUUCACUUUGCUACAAACAGAAACCUAAAAUAAUUUAUUGGUUAAAACAAAUCAAACAAUUUCUGAACAAAGUCAACAAAACGAAACAACCGUUCUUUCUAUGGUCUUUUUACAUUCAAGUUACUCAUGAUGACUUUAAUAAUGCUCAACUCAUUGAUCAAUAUAUUGCUGAUUUCAUCAAUUCUUACCGCCAUAUACUUGAAAACACUGUUUUCGUGGUCAUGGGAGAUCAUGGAAAUCGUUUUGGACCUUUAUCUAGGACAGAAUAUGGGCAAAUCGAAACUCGAAUGCCUCUUUUUAAUAUUCACGUUCCUCCACAACUAUUACAUAAGCAUCAACAUUUAGCUCAUCAUUUAAAGAUGAACGAGAAAAGGUUAACUACUUGGUUAGAUGUUAGGAAAAUGUUGAAAGACAUUGUUUCAGAUAAUUAUGAACCAAUCGUUUCCUCUUCUAAACGUGAUGCUUACUCUGUUUGGCGAGAAGAAGUCCCUUUAGAUAGAACCUGUAAAGACGCCUUGAUUCCCAUGGAGUUUUGUUUAUGUAUAAAAAAACAAAGUUUUCUUGUUGAUUCACAAUUAGCUCAAAUAGUAUCAACAGCGUUAGUCACUCGACUCAAUCAAGCUUUAUCAAAGUCAAAUAAUAUCUGCUAUGAGCUUUCUCUCAAAGAAAUUCAUAAUGUCAAAAUUGUUCGGUUACCUGGAGAACCCAAUCCAAGGGAUCGUGUUGAAGUUACUUUAUCUGUUAAUCCUUCAAAUGGACUUUUUCAAGCGCAGCUCUACUUAAAAAAUGCAAAAAAUUUAAACAACUCAGGUAUUGAUGAUUGGAUUCUCGAAGGAGAUGUUUCGAGACUCGAUUCCUAUGGUAAUCAAUCAUCAUGCAUUAACGAUAGAGUUCUUCGGAAAUACUGUUACUGCCGAAAAAUUAUACAUUCCCGAUGAACCAUAAUCACCAAAAAUAAUAUCAACUACGCAAAGAAAUUUCGCGAAACAACGAUUGAUACUGUGCCUUCAUUGCUCAAAGAUAGAAAUGAACUGUUCAGAAUGUUUCUGAAACUUAUUCUUCAUACCUAGUUAAAAACAUUAUGUUAACCCCUAAUAUCUUUCACUUGUUUCUACACAUUGACCAUCCAUACAUUUUUUCAGUCUUUUAUAACUCAAUUCUUAUACUAUUUAGGAUAUCGAGCCUAUUAUGAAGAAUGGCUGAUUGAAUUUGAUGUUAGGUGAAAGUCCUUAUGGUAAUGUUCAAUUCAUUUGGAAUGAUUUCAAAAGACAAAAUUAUACAACUGGCUACAUUGAAGAUGAUCCCAAACAACAGUUAUUUGAUUGCAAGGAUGUCACUGGAGAGAAUUUCAUUUUCACUUGGUUUUGUUGUUAAACUUUUCUUCAACUAUUUGAGUAAAAUGUAAACACUUAAUCGACUUUUUUCCAAUCAAAUGAUACAUUAACGUUGUAAACGAGCACUAUUUAUACUCAUCUUUAGAGCAUGACUUAUUGACAUGUCGAUUAUUGUCUCAUUGGUGUUUUGCAUUUCCUUGAACCACCGACAGCUCUCAAAACACGGCUAAUGUCAAAUUUUAUGUAAAUUUUAUGGCAAAAUAAAUAUCAGCCUAUGUAAAUUGCUUUA